AUGGAGAACAAUGGCAAUGUUCCUGAGAGAGAAGCCUUCACCAAUGCGGGGAAGCCCCCCACAAGGCUACAAAAGCGUGCCCCUGAUUCUCUUCAACUUGAUGAGGUAGCCGGAAGUAUUCCCACCAACCCUUUGGCAGCCGGUAGUGAAACACCAAAGGCAAUUCCAUUCUUAUCGCCACUUGUUCUAUCCCCACAACCAUUGUCAGAGACAGGAGAAAAACGAUUGUGGGAUGGCACCAAUAAUGAACAAAACAAUGGUACCAAGAGAAGCUCAACCUCACCAUCAGGUGGAUGGCAACAUCCGGCUGUGGCCGCAGGCACAGAUCCAUCGACCCUUUUAACUUCAUUUCAAGCACAGUGCAUGCUUGUGGACCAUGUGCAAUGA